AUGUCCGAUUCAAAACGGCCAUCUUUGAGAGCCUUUAUCAGGCGCCUCAACCCUGGAAAAGGCAACGAAUCAAGCAGUGACCCUACAGGAACUGCUGGGAGUAUGCUACUCGUAUCUCAGGACAGAUUAUCAGUUGGUUUGCUGUCUGCUUCAGCAUCUUCCAUACAUGUACCUCCAGUGAGUGUCGCAGGUACCAAAGAUCCUCGAUCAGAAAAUUUUUCGGUUGGUUUGUUAGCCUCAAAGGCUGAACCUACCGCCACCGUGUCGACAACUGAUUAUGAAUGCAAUGGUCAACAAUAUGGGUUCCAGCAGCUUUGGAAAGAGGCAAUCGAUAAUUUCCAAGCAUCAAAAGACGGCGAAAAGUUGUCAGAAGUCAUUCGAGCUCAGGAACAGAGUUCAGCAAACGAUGCUCAUAUUACCCUGCCAGCCUUGAUAAAGAGACUGGAAACUGAGAUGAAGCGUUUUGGUACACGGAAAAGGUUGGCUGAAGCGAUGGAAAAGAUUGUCCCGCAUCUCAAUCGACUCGCUGUUGUUGGCGAUAUCGCUGUUAGCACGAAUCCCAACCCCGCUGCCCUCCCAUGGGCUGCUAUACGCUUCCUUCUUAUGAAUCUUACAGCUGGUGAAGAGAUCAGAGGCAAGAUUGUCGAGGGCAUCGCCGAAAUCACUAUUCUAGUCUUCGAGUGCAGCGUUUACCACGAGCUUUACCUCACUUCAUCCGCUUCCACAGACCUUCCUAUAAAUGCGAGCCUCCGACAGACAAUUCUUGAUGCGCUCUCUCACUGUAUAAGGUUUCUUGUAUUUGCUCUUCGUCGCCAACAAGCAGCAGCAAAGGCCUUCACAGAUGCCUUUCGCCUAGAGGAUUUUACCGGAUAUUUGAAAGACCUCAAUGUUUCGAAAGACAAGCUACAUGACGCUGGUUCACUCUGUGAAAUACAUCAUAGCUCUCAAAGCCGAGACCAACUCAGGUCUUUGCAUGAUUUGAUCGUCGAUAUGAGGCUGGAGUCCAGUGAAAGGGCGGAGGAAAGGGUCAAGUCGCAGCUGAGGAAUCUUCUUUUUGAUCCCAAAGAUGUCUUCGAUCAUAUUUACCACCCACACGACUCCUUGUGUCUUCAGGGAACGCGAGUACAGGUUCUCCAUGACAUAGAAAAAUGGGCUCACGAUCCCUCAAGUCCGACCAUCUGUUGGCUUCCAGGCCUUGCUGGUACCGGCAAGAGCACAAUUUCACGUACUAUUUCUCGAAAUCUAAAGACCAAAAGCCUCGGCGCUAGCUUCUUCUUCAAGAAAGGUGCAGGCAAUCGAGGAAAUGGUCGACAUUUGUUCUCAAUACUGGCAUAUCAACUGGCCUUAUACCUCCCUCCCAUUCUCCCAUAUAUCUUGGAGGUUGUGAAGGAGGAUCACUCGCUCAACAUGGCACCUAUUCAAAUCCAAUGGCAGAAGCUGAUCCUAAGUCCACUUUCCAGACUCCAGGACGAGGGGCUCGCUAAGCCUAUUGUAUUCGUUCUUGACGCAUUGGAUGAGUGUGACGAACAAGAUCGUGGCGAGAUCUUUCGUCUAUUACUGGCGACAUGCCCGGUGGUACUGCGAGUCUUUCUCACCAGCAGACCAGAGCUUGAUAUCGUGGGACACUUCGCGAAUGAACCGCUUCAUAAAGAAAUCGUGCUUCAUAAGCUCCAGGUUGGAUCUAUAGAAAGCGACUUCCGUGUCUACCUCCAUCAGGCGAUGGGGAGCUUCGUGGCAGAGUACAAUCGUACUCAUCGCCAGAAGCAUAUGCAGUUAUCCCCAGACUGGCCUGGAGAGGAACGAUUCGAGCUACUGCUUCACAAAGCCCUACCACUAUUCAUCGCAGCUGCGACUUUUGUGCGCAUGAUCUGUGAUAGACACUGGGCAAAGAGUCCUGAUUAUAAAAUCGACUUCAUCAUCGAUAAGUCCUUGAGAGUCAGUUCCGCGUAUGAGGCUCUGUACAAGCCUGUCCUGAGCCUCAUAUUGAGUGGUGCGCCUGAUGAAGACAAGGACGAGGUUAGACAAAGCUUUUUGGAUAUCAUUGGAUCUCUUGUCCUGCUCGCUAGUCCUCUGCCGAUAGUUCCACUGGCUAACCUUCUGGGCGUUGAUGCAUGGUCUAUAUCCAGCCAGAUUGACCCUUUGCGUUCUGUGAUCGAUGUCCCUGAAGAUGAUGGCCCUCUCCGACUAUUCCAUCUUUCGUUCCGAGAUUAUAUCCUGAGUCAAUCUGCUGGGGAUCUACAGGUGAGCGAACUGGAGACACAGGCCAGACUCGCAAGUAGAUGUCUGGGUCUUAUGAGAGAAACAUUAAAGGCUGAUAUCUGUGGAAUUUUGUCACCUGGGAAGAGUCUAUCAGAUAUUGAACCAUCUGUUAUCGAUGAUCAUUUGUCCGCCGAGAUUCACUGGCAGGCGUGUUGA